AUGGUUAUCAUAUGGACUACAAUAGCUGAUGGUGAUGUCAACUACUGUGGCUACCUUAUGGUAAUCAAUUCCUUGUUGCAGAUUGUGCUCUUCUCGCCAUACUCGCUUCUCUUCGUCAACAUCCUAGGCGGGAAUAGCUCAGGUCCAGAUAUCGAGAUAGACUAUGAAGAAACAGCUACAUCUGUGGCGAUAUAUCUCGGUAUACCUCUAGCUGCUGGUUUGCUGACACGCUUUGCGUUGCUCAAAUUUGCAUCGCCGAAAUUCAGAGGGUGGUUCUACGACGUUGCUAGCAAGAUCGGCUUGAUUGGCCUGCUAUACACAAUCAUCGUCCUCUUUGCUGCCCAGGGUACAAACAUUACCCAGAACAUUGGCAAAGUUUUCAGAACAGUGGUCCCACUGAUUUUAUACUUUGUCUUGGUGUGGACAUUGACCUUUGCAGGGUUUUGGAGACUCAAUUACUCUCGGCGUUUUAGUAGCUUCGCUGGUGGUUAUGAGAGAGCUGUGACACAGGCCUUUACAGCUGGGUCUAACAAUUUCGAGCUCGCGAUCGCUGUAGCAACGGCUAGCUUUGGUCCUGACUCACCUGAAACUGUAGCUGCAACACUGGGACCGCUAAUCGAAGUACCAGUUCUGCUGUUGCUGAGUUAUGUGGCUCUAUAUCUCCGCCCAAAGCUGUUCAAAGAGGAGGAAAGUAAGGUAAGAUUGGAGCAAGCAUAG